UUGUGCUAGACCCUGGGGCCUUUGUCCCUGUAGUCAGGAGGUCUGAGGGGGUGGGGACAGUUGAUAAAAGCCUCCAGAGGCAGCUCCCACACCCAUGCUCAGAGCUGCUGCCCACAUGCAGGCCCGGACACAGCCCCUAGCCCAGGCCCUACCCUUCUCCCUCGGAGAGGCCCUGCGAGACACCGGCCUCCGAGGGCCAGUCAUGAAGAUGGGCACCAGGUGGGAGGGCCUGCAGCGGACCCUGAAGGAAGUCGCCUACAUCCUCCUCUGCUGCUGGUGUAUCAAGGAGCUGCUGGACUGAAGGCGGCAGGGAACUGCCUCCCUGCCAGCGCCAGGGCUGGUACUGCUCAGGUGGGCGGAGUAGGGCAAGCAGCAGGCACGGCUGCAGCCUGCUGGCCAGAGCGCUGCCUCUCAGCUUCCCAUUCUCUUCUUCAGCGCCCAGCCCAGCCCCCAUCAAGACCCCUGGGGCCAGCUGCACUUGACCAAAGAUGGGCCACAAACAAUGAGUGAAGUGUGCCUCCUGCUUUGAGUUGGUGCCAUCUGUCAGACCUGCCUCAUCUCUGGGCCUCCAUUCCCAGCCCCUACCUGGUGGAUCUCUGUGCACAGAAGCUUGGCCUGCUGGCUAGGACUCCAGCAAGACUGCAGCAGGACCUGGCACUCCUCCAAGCUUGGCACAGUGAGCCCACCAGCCCAGAUGGUUGGUCUUUAUCUUCUUAGUGCCAGGAAUGGGACUGCCCCCUAAUGUCUCUGUUUGAGAA